AAGUUCACCGUCGCAUAUUUUCAGUCGUGGGGAUUCCUGAAAGAGCUGGAAAAGGCUCAAUGUUGGUCGUGCUAUGACAGCGUCUCUGCUCCUCCAUUCCCGCUGGAUCGAGCCGGUGAUGUUUCUCUGUGACAGCGGCUGCUCAGACGACGUGAGCAAGAACAUGGAGGGAUUCGCGGGAGGCAAUUUCUCAGCCAACCAGUGCCGGAAUCUCGUGGCCCACCCGACUUCUCUUGCUCCCGGUGCGCCCUAUGGAUCGAGUGAAGUGCCCGUAUCUGGCGUGACGGAACCUGUCAAGCAGUGCAGCCCGUGCUCGGCGGCGCAGAACUCCCCCGGUGCUGCUUCUUUGCCCUAUGGAUAUUUCGGUAGUGGCUAUUAUCCGUGCCGAGUAUCACAUCACGGCGCAGUGAAGUCCUGCGCGCAGCCUGCCGCUUACGCAGACAAGUACAUGGAGACGUCUGUCUCCGGAGAGGAGUUCUCGUCCCGAGCCAAGGAGUUCACUUUCUAUCAGGGCUACUCGUCCGGACCUUACCAACCCGUACCCAGUUACCUGGACGUGCCAGUCGUGCCAGCUCUAAGCUCUGCUCCGGAACCGAGACACGAGUCCAUUUUGCCCGUGGAAACUUACCACCAGCCUUGGGCCAUCACGAACAGCUGGAACAGCCCUGUGUACUGCCCAAAGGAGCAGACCCAGUCCAGUCAUCUCUGGAAGUCGUCUCUUCAAGACAAUGUGUCAGGAAGUGAUGGCGCUUCCCUUCGCCGCGGAAGGAAGAAGCGCGUCCCCUAUACCAAAGUCCAGCUAAAAGAACUGGAGCGCGAAUAUGCGGCCAAUAAGUUCAUCACCAAGGAUAAACGGAGACGGAUAUCUGCUCACACAAACCUGACCGAGCGCCAGGUCACCAUCUGGUUUCAGAACAGGAGGGUAAAGGAGAAGAAGGUGGUCAACAAAUUCAAGAGCAUCACUUAAGGGGCUACAGAAUUUGAGACGGACAGAGAGAAGCCACUUCGUUAUUUAUUAUGUUCCUCUGGGAGUGACUGUGCUGAGAUGUGUAGCUUCCAUGCAAGAAAAACAAAAACAAAAAAACUUUCUGCUUAACCUUGAAGGACAUAUAUGUUACACGGUGGUCGUGAUGAGGGGCAAAUAAACUACCAACACAUUUGUAUGCAUAUACACAAUUUCUUUGUUUUUGUGGCAGUGCUACCCGCCACAUUAACCCUGUUCGUACUGUAACACGAAACCAUUGGGUUAAUUGUAAUUGCGCGAGACACAAAUGCUGUGUUUAGGUUCAGGAACAUGAAGCUACAAUCAACCCAAUGUUGCCAGAAUACGCCGUUAAGGCUAUAGACCAGAGGUCAUCUACUCCAGCCCUGGAGGUCCGGAGUCCAGCUCAGUUUGGUGAUUUUCAGGCUCAAAGACACCUGAUUCAACUUGCAUCCAGUACUGGAAUUGAUGACCCCAGCUACAGACCACCAUUACAUUACUAGUUUAUGUAAAUAAAUAAGCAUCCUCUUAGAUAUGACUACAUGGUAUCUUAAAGAUUUUAGAUAGAAAAUAUAAUUAUUCACAGAUUGCUCAGUGUUUGUACCCUGCUAAGUCUCUAGUCCAGGUUGUUUAUGGAGCAAGCUCCUUCCUAUUUGUUACUGCAAACAAUAUUCCAAUAAA